UUCCUGAUUUGCUUGUCCAUUUUCCAUCCGCUGUUUCAGAAGACACUACUCUCCGCAAAUACAAGCCCCGGGGUCGAAUGUAUAACUCCUGAUGAAGACCCAGGCGCUUGUCACCGUUAGAUUGACAAUCCCCAUCAACUUAAUUUACUGCGGCGGUGGAACUUUAGGUAUCCGGUCUGCCAAUAUCACCCGGUAUAAUUAGACGAUCAUCGCCCCGCAGAGGUCGCGAACCUAAUAAUGUAGCUUUCUACCAGUACGACCGGAUCGCCUACAAAUACUACUAUCUAGUCUUUCCAGUCCCAGCUCAAUAUCUUAUCGAGGCCCCAGUAACCCAACUACCAGGUAUAUAACACGCUGCCUAAUCGAUCAUUUCUACUUCUCACAUACCAUCCGCCCUAGAUAUCCUAGAAAAUCAUCUCUGAACUAUGGUGUCCGCUGUGCGAGGCUAUCAAAUCAACACGGCCGUCUUCGCUCUCCUGUCGGCAGGGCAUACUCACCUAGCUCGAGAAUGGACCUCCAAUGUACAAUUCAAGAACCUUCCUAAAACUAUCCAGGCGUAUGCUCGAGCUGGCUGGUAUCAGGGAAGUGUCUUCUUCCUCAUCAUGUCGUUGGUCAAUUACCGCUGGUCCAAAACUAACACGGGCCGUCUGACCGAUCCGAUUGACAAGGCUAUCGCGGCGUUGAAUAUCCUGCUGCUCUGGGCGAGUGCGGUGUGGUAUAAGAAGAAUGGAAUCAAGCAGGCAACUGUAGCGGUCGGGGUUAGUGGUCUGCUUCAGGCUUAUGCGGCGUUUGUCGCGAGGGAGUAAAUUAUCUUGUUGAUGUCGGUGUGAUUAUUCUUUUUGUUUGAGCUGAAGUCGGGGGAGAUGGAGAUGUUGUAUCAAUGAUGUGAAAGGGAAGAUGUAUAGGACUCGAUUUCAAGCCUCGGGUUAAUAUGUAUUCACAUGUUCGUCUUUCGUUGUGGUUCGUUUUAAGGUCUGAAAGUCUGAAAUAUGGAUUUUAGUGACCUCUUGAUUGACAGUGUAUGUACAG